CCUAACGAGCCGGUCGACUAAUGAUAAAUUAUUGUAAUAUAUAAAUUAUUACAAAUGAAUCUAACAAUGCGUGCCAGUUUACUUGCAUCAAGAAAAUAAUAAAUCAAUGCUAAUUCUAAAAUAAAUAAACAAUUAAGUUUGUGUUACGUAAGUGAAGAAAAUCAUGUACCAGAGAUGAGCAUUUACUAUCGUACGAUAGACAUAACCUCGUAAAUGUUAAACAAGUAUGAUAACAAUGUAUCAACAAUUUUGAUUACUAUUAAAAUAUGACCCAAAAUACAAACGAAAACAAUAAGUUUUAGUUAAACGAAAAGUAUCGUGGAUGUAAUACAAGAGAAACUGUGCUAAGAGUAUCAUACAAGUAGUAUAAAAAUGAGGAACUUACGGCAACUAAGAAGCGCAAUUUUAAUUAAUAAUAAAGCUUUUAUGGUUUCUACGUUAAUGAAAAAUUACACGCGAUAUCCUACAAUCGGUUCAUUUACAACGUAUAAUCUGUGUAAUGACGAAGGACUGUCUCACUAUAAGAACGAACCGGUGUCAGUGAAAAGCUUUGCUACAUCCUUCGAUUUGAUUUCACGUAAUUUUUCUGUGAGCAGUAAUGUCUUUUCCAAGAGUAAAGAUCGCGGAAAGGAUAAGAAGAAACCCUCGAAACCUAAGGAAAUAAAUAUCAAUGAAUUGGCCGAGGUGAUAAACGUAGAACAUUUAACUUCACAAAUGGAAAAGGCACUGGAAGAUUUGAAAAAUAGUUUCAUUAAGAAUUUGACUUUACGCUCUACUACUGGUUCUAUUGAAGAAAUUCCGGUAACGUAUGAAGGCAAGGAAUAUAAGCUUCAGGAACUGGUGCAAAUCUCCCGGAAACCGAAAACUGUGGUUUUCAAUGUUUCUGCAUUUCCUCAAGUAAUACCACAAAUUAUUCAAGCUAUUGCAAAAAGUGGACUCAACCUUAAUCCUCAGCAGGAUGGAACGACGCUUUUUAUUCCUAUUCCCAAAGUAACCAAGGAACAUAGAGAGGGUCUGUCGAAGAAUGCCAAGAGCCUCUUUAUCAAGUGUCGAGAUCACAUAAAAGAUAUACAAAAUAAAGAAAUCAAGAAGAUAAAGAAGAAAACUGAACUGUCUCAGGAUCUUUCUCGCAACGUGCAAGGUCAGAUUCAAACUUUGGCUGAUAAGUAUGUCUCGGAAGCUGAAAAGAUUCUGGAAGCAAAGACGAAAGAAUUACUUGGAGAAUAAUCGUUAUUGUAUAUUGUAUGUUUUUUUAAAUUGCAAUCUGUGGAUUAUUUAGUCUGUACUAUAGUAGAGAUAGUAGGUUGCGAUGCAGUAGUUAUACUAACAAGUUAUACACAAUUUAUGAUUCAAUGGUUAUAAAUGUACAUAUUCAAUAUGUUUAGUUACGUAUGAAUUUGCAAUGACUAAUAAUACACACUGUUGUAUGGUUUUGCGCAGUAAACAUUAUUAUUCAAUAA